AUGCUAAACUUUGAUGAUCAGGCUACCGGAGAAAGGAGACUAAUACAACUCAAUGAGCUGGAGGAGUUUAGGAAUCAAGCAUAUGAGAAUGCAAAGAUCGACAAAGAGAACACAAAAAGGUGGCAUGAUCAGAAGAUAGAAAGGAGGGAGUUCACUGAAGGACAAAAGGUGCUGCUGUACAAUUCAAGACUUAAGCUCUUCCCUGGGAAGCUUAUGUCUCAAUGGUCAGGACCCUUCACCAUCCUCAAGGCGUUUCCCUAUAGCCAUGUAGAGCUUAUGGAGGGCAAAACACAAAGAACCUUCAUUGUGAAUGGCCAUAGACUCAAGAAUUACCUAGGGGACUCAUUGGAUAAGAGGAGAGUGAGCUACAACCUCAGCUAA